CGAUACUGAGCUACUAGGCUAGCAGACGACAAGUUCUGGCGCUACAACAAGAAUUCAACAUUAGAUAAAGAUCUGAAUUAUCAAAAACAGCCUACAGUUAAACUAUGGAAAACAUGAAGCUAAAAGUAGAACAUUUGCCCACAUCAAUAAAAGAAUUUUUUACACCUGAAGAAUUUGCUGCUAUACCUGAAUAUGAAAAGAAGCAUCUCAGCAGCUUGAGGCAAAAUUAUGAAGUGCUAAGAAGUGCAGGCCUUUCAGUAGAGCCUCCUGAAUUUAUGCUUAAGAAAAAGAAGAAAAAAGUGGUGCUAGACUUAUCCUCAGAUUCUGAUGAUUCUGAUUCUGACUGGACCCCAGCAUUGGAGGCUACACCACGAAGUGGAGAGAGAAAAAAGACAACAAAUGUUGCUCUGUGUCAUCCUGAGAUGAGUAAAGAGAAAACCAAACCAAAGGCAGUACAAGUUAAAAAUAGGCAGCCUUGGUUUCCAUCAAAAACUGCGAUAGAGAAAGAAGCAAGACACACAUAUCCUCUACGUAGGAAAAGAGUGACCAGCUACAUGUCUCUGCACAUUCCUGAAGACGAUGAGUAUCUCUUUUGUGAAGAGUGCAACAUUGAAUACAUAGGAGAUUGUACUGAACAUGGUCCUUUAAAUAUUUUAUUAGAUUCACAGGUUCCCCCAGACUGCCUCAGGGGAAAGGACAAUGAUUAUUGUAAGAAAACUCUGCCCCCUGGUCUAGUCAUUAAAACAUCUAACAUACCUGAUGCUGGACUUGGUGUUUUUGCCUUAACAUCCUUUCCUGCGCGGACAAGGUUUGGGCCAUAUGGUGGGAAAAAAGAGAAAAAUGAGCAGAUGGCACAUGACUCUGGGUAUUGUUGGCAGAUUUUCAAGGAUGGGAGACCAUCCCAUUUUGUUGAUGCCAGUGACAGCUCAGACUCUAACUGGAUGAGAUUUGUAAACUGUGCUCGCUGUGAGGAUGAGCAGUGUGUCACAGCAUACCAGCACAAAGGUGAAAUCUACUACAGAGCUCAUAGGGACAUCAGUGCAGGCACAGAAAUACUGGUGUACUAUGGUGACAGUUAUGCCAGAGACCUGGGCAUUCAGGUACAGAGGGUUGGUGUUGUAAGCAAGAACAGUUUAACAAACAUGGAGAACAAUGACUGUGAUAUAUAUCCAUGUCAGCAUUGCAGAGUGGCCUUUUCAAAACUUUCCUAUUUGAAUACACAUCUGAAAUACAGACAUGGAGGUGAAGGCAUUGUCAGUAGGGGUUUGGAUGCUAUUGAUGACACUACUGUACAUUCUUCUUCCCAGUCAUCAAACUUACAUCAAAAGCAGAUAACACACAUUGGGAAAAAGCCUUACAAGUGUGACAAAUGUGGUAAAUGUUUCGUAAAGCUUGGAAACUUAAAGGAACACCAUAGAAUUCAUACAGGAGAAAAGCCUUACAAGUGUCACAAAUGUGGUACAUGUUUUACACAGCCUAGCCACUUAAAGGGACACCAUAGAAUUCAUACAGGAGAAAAGCCUUACAAGUGUGACAAAUGUGGUAAAUGUUUUACAGUGCUUGGUAGUUUACAGAGACACCAUAGAAUUCAUACAGGAGAAAAGCCUUACAAGUGUGACAAAUGUGGUAAAUGUUUUACAGAGCUUGGUACUUUACAGAGACACCAUAGAAUUCAUACUGGAGAAAAGCCUUACAAGUGUGACAAAUGUGGUCAAUGUUUUACAGUGCUUAGUAAUUUACAGAGCCACAAUAGAAUUCAUACAGGAGAAAAGCCUUACAAGUGUGACAAAUGUGGUACAUGUUUUACACAUAACGAACAGUUAUCCAGACAUAAAAGAACCCACAGCUGAAAUAUGACUUUAAACAUCUCUGUCUAAGAUAAGCAUCAAUUCUAUCGU